CUGAUGUACUUUGUUGUAGAUGAGGAGAUGUUUGGUUUGUUUGCAGUAUGCGUCAUAGAUGCCUGAGGAAGGUAUCCCAACAAUCUCCACGCCGAGGCCGCUCAACGGCUUGAAAUGUAGCGAUGGAGAAGCAUACGUUGAUUUCUGUGGUAUCUGGGAUAUAAUUAAUUGACAGUAGUCUUUAAUUGAUUCUCCAGCUGUAUUAGCACUUGCGUACUACUUCAAAACAAGCCCACACGCAUCGGGCACCUCAACGACAACACCACAGUACAAGCAAACGCGAUGCUCCAAUUCUCCUUCUCCCUCCCUCGCAUCUUUCCCCUCUGGGAACGAUCGCAAUUCAAAAUCCCACCACCUAAAAUCCACGACCUCGAAAAUACACCUGAAAAGCCCGACCGCGCGCUAAAGUACCUGAUCAAACUGAAUCACGCCAAUCAUGCCAUUUUGUUCCAUGAAAGGAAGUUCUAUAAUCAUGUUCCUCACUUACUGAGUUCGGCGUGGGUACAAGGUGCUGAUGCGGAUGAGUUGCAUCGGUUGUAUGAAGAUGAAAGUAAGGCGAUGGAGCCGUGGGUUGAUUCGCCGGGGGAGAUUAGUUUGGAUGAUUGGAGGGACUUUCUUGGGCGGAGGGAGUAUCAACGGGCAUUCGUAAACUACUUUGAAGACGAACUUGUCCGGCAAGGAUAUGACUGGAAAGAAGUCGUCCAAGAAUACCUUUUCUCCGGAGAAGAACCUUUAUUCAACUCCCUCAUCACAGACCUCGGUCACCCCCUAAUCCACCUCUCCUACGCCUACGAAUUCUCCAGCCGCGAAUUAGCUAUGGAAGCCCUAGGCCUCGCAGCAACAACCCAUAACCCAAUCCAUAAGUAUCUCUCCGACCCCAUCUACACCAAAACAGAAUCCUCCUACCACACGCCCUCCCUCUUCGACAUCUUGUCCCGCGUGCGAACCGACAAACGCUUCCAUGGGCUCUUCGGCACACCCGGAAACGAGAACAUCGAGAAAAUCUUCGCCGCACGUGAAGAUGCAUUACUCAACCACUGGAAUGCGUGGAAAAUCGAGGGCGAUACUGUCAAACAGUUCCGUGAAACACAGGAACUCGCUACAGCAUUACUACUGGGUACGCAUGCGGAUGGCUCGGAGAAGUAUGAUUUUUUCUUCCUGCAUGUUUUAACCACUAGUCAUGCCGUGCGUGUCUUACUUCCGCUCAUCCCGGCGAAGUUCCAGCUCCCCCUUGUCCGGCAGUGGUGGCUUAUGACGCUAUCCGUGUACAUCGCCCAACUGCGUCCUGAGAUCCAUGUCAACAGAAUUCAGUGCGUCGAGUUGAAAGGGAAGGACUGGAAAUGGGUUGCUGGGAUGGCGGUUAAGGGGAAGUCGGAUGCUCAUUACGCUAAGGUGUUGAGGGUGUUAAGGGAGGCAGCGGAGACUUGGGGGGAUGAGGAGGGGUAUUAUCUCAGGGCGGCAGUUAGGUUUGCGGAGGAGUUUGUUGGGUGGGGUGGGUUUGUUUAGUUGUUGGGUUGUAGUUGUUGAGUUGUAGGGUAAGGUGUGUGUUAAGAUGGUUAGAGGCGUACGGUUUCUUUUUUUUUUUUUAUGAAUGAGCGUCAUGUUGGAGUGUUUGAGAACCAAUUCGUCUCUAUAUGGAAGAUGGCUAUUCUAAGAUGCAGUCCACGAGACCAUUCACUCAAAAGACAUUCACUACAGACAAGUAUUAUCCCUAUGUCUCUUGUGAUCAUAGAAGUCCUAUUCCAGCGUAGUUCAUGAACUCU